AUGUCGGCCUUCCCCAUCAUCUUCAACAUCGACGGCUCGUCCCGGCACGAGGUGCUCCUCGUCUCGCCCAACGCCACACUGGCCGACCUGACGGCCCAGAUCGAGUCGACGGCCGGCACCUCGCCCAACUGCGCCGAGUUCAUGGCCAAGUACGCCAAGAAGAAGGGCGACCAGAAGGUCGUGAGCAUCAAGGUUCGCUGGGCCAUGGCCGGCCGCGACCACAAGACCUUCCCCGCCGCCACCACCCUCACCGACGAAAACGCCCAAGCCGUCCUUAGCCUGAUCGAGCGCAGCGGCGUCGGCAAGGACGUGCUCGAGGUCAAGCUGACCGAGGAGGCCGCCGAGGAGAAAGCGCUGCCCGAUCGCACCAAGUAG